GCCGGGUCAGUGCCUCGCCUCCUCCACCAUGUCGCUGCUCCGGUCACUCCUGUCCCUGGUGGUGGUGGUCUGCGUCGCGCAUCUCUCGGCGGCGGAUUGGCCCUGUCCGGACGUCGGUGCUAUUUCCCCCUGCAUAUGCAUCGCUUCCGCAAGUCUUGAAAUAACCAUGGACUGCUCCGACGUCGACAGCAGUACAAGGCUGACAGAAAUAUUCCAGACGCCGUUCGCCUUCAAUGACUUUAAGCGACUCAUCAUCGAUCCCUUAACCCCUGUCAGUACCCUGUACGAUCUGCCUGCUGGAGUGUUCGGUCCAGUGAGCUUCGAGGAGAUUGACGUUAUGAACACGUUGAUCGAGACGGUGGAGGAAGAGGCGAUCGUCAACUCCCACAACACGCUGGUGCGCCUUAACAUGAGAGGAAACGAGAUCAACACUUUCCCCUUCGAGACGCUGGACCUGUUCGUGGAACUGCGAGAGCUCGACUUGUCGGACAACAAGUUUUCGGGGGUCAUGCCGGACAUCGUGACGGAAGCUCUCACCACCCUGGACUUAUCCGGCAACACGGGUUUCACACUCACCCAGACGGUCUUCAUAGGCUCUCCCUAUCUGCAGGUGCUGCGCCUCAACAACAUGGCUCUGGGCGACACGACGCCGCCCAACGUGUUCUUCACGCUCAAUAACCUCAAGACGCUGUACCUGCAGAACAACGGCAUCCCGGGGACUCUCAUCGAGGACUUCAUCAACACGCAGCUUCAGCCGCAGCGGUCGAGGCUCACCACCGUGUACUUGGACAGGAACUCCCUCUCCCAGAUCCACCCGCUGUCCGUGACUGGAUUGCCCGAAGAGGGAACAAUCUCCUUCAUGAGCAACCAGAUCGAGUACUUGACGCAGGAGAAUUGGGAAGGACUCGUAUCUCAGCUCACCACGGCAGGCGCCAUCGACAUGAGAGACAACCCGCUGGUGUGUGGCUGUGACGUGUAUUGGCUGCUUAAAGACUCGUCAGCCAUGGCCGCCUUUAACCAAUAUACCACGUGUGUCACCGGGAACCUGGUUGUGGACCUCCCCGUGCAGUGGUUCAUCGAGCACUGCCCGUGAAGCCCCAACUAACGCGUCAUCCGGCCGUCACCUGGGCACCGCUGCAGCCUUUGGCACAGUCCCGACCGGUCACUCAAUGUUCCCUAUCCAAUAGUUUCUAAUACACUUCAACGUGUCCGUGAAUUAUUUCCUUGUCUUCUUCCAUUAUCUUUGGCCUUGAUCUUCAGGAGUUUCCGUCGUAUAUAUUGUUCAAAUAAAGCUGUGUUGUUCUUAGAGUGAUUACUGUUCUUGCUGAGGUGCCCACACCCUCCUCGGCAAACGUUUCCGUCUGUGUCCAUCGAAAACCAUCCAUCGUUCCUUAGCCUGCGUGGGUAUAAGCGUUCACUCCACCAGUCACAGCAAUAGGGGCUGCUCUUACCCUUUCAAGCACAGGUAAGGGUAGGCGGUGGUCGAACUGGUAGCGUACUGGGCCCACAUUCACCGCGUGAUGGACGAUGCGGGUUCGAAUCCCCACGCUAACACUCGGAUUUUUCAGUCACCGCCGAGUGGCUUAAAACUACCCACAUGGUGUCCUGAAGACCACUCAUCAACCCGGACUCUAGAGGAAGCCGUCCAAGCGAAUCAAGAACGAGUUCCGGGGGGCAGCAUGAGCUAAUGCAAGAUGGCGCCACUAUAAACACUCACCUGCGCCAGAACGGGCUGGGCCGACCAUCAGGCCCCACCUGGAAGAAGCCUUGGGCCGACCAUCAGGCCCCACCAGGAAGAUGCCUACCGGCGCAACAGGCAAAAAAAAAAAAAAAAAAAUAAAUAAAUAAAUAAAUAAAAAAAUAAAUAAAAGCCUAGUACCUCUCAGAUCUUGCCUGUCUCUCUGAUUUUUUUAUAUGUACUAUUUCAACCUUUCUCUGCUCAAUGUCAGGAUUGUCCUUACAAAUAAAGACGUCAACUAUGAAA